ACGCCCAUAAGCUAAUUGUGGUACGGUAGGGACUGGCAAAGAUCAGAGAGGAGAAUCAUGACUCCUUUUAUAUGUGCUGGGUGUUCCGAGCCUAUCAUGGAGCGGUUCCUCAUGAAGGUCCUGGAUAAGUCCUGGCACGUGCAGUGUGUCAAGUGCUCCGACUGUCAGUGUCUCCUCAGCGAAAAGUGCUUCUCACGUGACAAUAAGCUUUACUGUAGAUCGGACUUCUUCAGGCAAUACGGGACUCAGUGUGCAUCUUGUAAGGAAGGAUUAUGCCCAGAAGAUCUCGUAAGGAGAGGAGUGAAUAAGAUUUAUCAUGUCCAAUGUUUCAAGUGCUCUGUUUGCCAGAGACAGCUCAACACUGGAGAACAGCUAUACCUAGUUCAAGGAGAGAAGUUCCUUUGCGACAGUUGUUAUCCAGCUCCCGCCCCAUCACAACCAACUGUCCUUCAACAACAGCAGUCUUCAUCUCCUCCCCCUCCCUCUUCCUCUCAACCCAUGGUAACACAGACGACCCCAAUUAACCCUCCCCCCUCCUCGUUCACACCUGCAGCUAAUCCUGUCGGGAGCGGAGCCACAGCUGUCAGCAACGUUUCUGCUAUGGAUGAAAGUUAUUCACCAUCUACGACUGGUAAUGAUCCUUUGAUUGGAUCCGGCGAUAACAGAAAAGGAAAGACAAGAACGUCCAUUAAUCCAAAGCAGUUGAUCGUCCUUCAGGCCACGUACGAGAAAGAGCCACGCCCCUCGAGAGCAAUGAGGGAGGAUCUUGCAGCACAGACCGGUUUGACGGCUAAAGUGAUUCAGGUUUGGUUCCAGAACAGAAGAUCGAAAGAUAAGAAAGACGGCACUAAGGGAGAGCCAGGUGCAGGUCUUUAGACAUUUUGUCUUGAAUCAUACCAUUUGUGUAUUUUUUUCAUCAAUUGACAAUACAUUAAAUAGGUCGUUAUUAUUAUUAUAAAAUGAGACAAUAAAUAUUUAGUCACACUGUCGUUUCCUUUUCAUUAAUGCAUUGAAUUCCCUCUUCUUCAUCAUUUGUUACUCCAUUUUGUACAUCAUUAUCAUUCUUGUUUGAAAUAGGAGGAGAAACUGGUUGGUCA